AUGCAUAGAUUAGCGGCUUUUGAUGAGGUUGUUUUGGGAUUUUUUUGAUCUUCGGAUAAUUUUUAAUUGUUUUUCAGAAAACUCGUGCCAUAAUUUAUUCGGAUGUUCAGAAAAUGCGCAAAUCUCGGAAAUAUGAUGUAGAUCAGGAUUUUUCGGAAACCAGUGAUGAAAAUAGCGAGGCAGAAAUGCUGAAAUUGAUGGAUCUCCAGAGAAAAAUUUCGAAGGUGAGAAAACUUUUUUAUAGAAAAAUAUUUUUUUCGAAAAAAAACAAAAAAUUUCGCAAUUUUUAGCAUUCAAAAAUUUCAUCACAAGAAAUUUUGAUUUAAUCGAUUUUUAAACAUUUUUCUACCUGAAUCACUCCCAAAAGCUUCAAUUUUUCAUCUUCAGAAGUUCCAAAAUCAUCAAGCCAAUCAAAAUAUUGCAUCACAAGUUUUGAAAGAAUUAUCCGAAAAAAAUCAAUAUGAAGACAAUUAUCAAAAUUAUAGAGAAGAUGAUGAAAAUCAGGAUAGGUUGGUUUUAUUUAUUUAUUUUUUCUCUAAUACUUCUGAUUGUUAUAUUUUACAGCUUAUCAUUAUCAUCCCAAAUAUUGCCAAAACUUCAAUUAUUUAUUAAAUAUUUAUUUGUGAUUUUCGUGUUUCCUUGGCUAUUUUCAACAAUUACUCGAUAUUUUCUGGAUAAUGUUUCAUAG